CAUCAUAGGGUCUAAGGGCUCUGGUAAUGACCAAUCACGGCUCAGUCGUAUUUCUGAGUUUGGUCAUGUGACAUAAGCAAGUUGAGCCCUUUGGCAUUGUGAUGUCAUUUUCCUUCGACAGCAAGUUGACAACUGAGAUGGAUAGAAACUGGUGGAUUUUGCUGCUGAAUUCAUACUCCACAAAUGCAAUUCUGUAUUAAACCAGAAUAGAGUGGUUUGACAAGUGUGGCCGCAGAGAACAUACUAUCGUAGAGCAAAUAUUUGAGCUGGCUUCCCCCUUUGAAGUGAUUUUUCAUUCAUCUCUCGUUUCGGAUCUCAUUUGAAUGGACGGGUUAUGUGGAAGCUCAAAUAAGGAACAGCUUUUCCCAGAGAGCUACAGAGAGGCUAUAGAAGUGUCACGAGCGGGCCCAUCGCGACGUGCAGCCGUGGCAGCACACACUAGCAGCCUAUUCAUUAUUCAUGACUAUUCAUGCGCUUGCAGUCGCCCUGUUAUGAUACAGUUCUUCCCGGAGUGGACUACACCUGAUUUGCUCCUCGCCUCCGUCGGGCGGUGCGUGGUCCCGCGUCGGCCGCCCGUGCGCGCUCAUAGGUCGGAUCCAGAAGGCUCGCAGAGGAAGAGGAGGGGUGAGCAGACUGCAAGGAGGGGGAGAGGUCCAGCUGCAAAAAAAAAAAAAAAAAAAGAAAGAAAAGAAGGGAGAGGGGGGGAAAGAACCGUGACAAUGGCAACAUCAAGCAUCUCCUAAACGCUUGGUGAAAAAGAGGCGGGCUGGAGCUGGGACGCGCCGAGCCGCCUUGUGAGCGCCUCUUCCUGGAAUACGAAUCUCGGCGUAACAUGGAGCGGCGCGACAGCGGAGAGUCGCCGCGUCUCCAUCACUGAGAGGCGCGUCCACCUGCUAAGCGGAGGCCCGGGCUGCUGCUGCUGCUGCUGCUGCUGCUGGUGGACCAAGCAAAGCAGGCUGGCUGACCGGGGCUGCUGGGUGGGGGACAUGCAGGGGGGACGUGUUUGCAUUUGUGAGGAAAGAAGACGCACCUUCUCACAUUCCGCCCGAAGCUCUUGCGGAGGAUCCGAUUGCGACGCGUGGGGAAAGACGCAGUUUUUGGGGGCGCAGACGCUCCGGAGGUGGGACAGUCAGAAUGAUGCGUAGUGCGUGCAGCGUGGAGCCAUAUUGAUGGACGUGUUAACCGACAGUGGUCUCACACUGGUUGUGAAGACUUCCCAGGCAGAUAAUGCAAUUGCAGUGGAGAACACAGCAGGGGUAUGUGAGCCGAGUGGUGACCUGAGUCUAAGCAGACUUGUUGAUGCUGCUCUCCCACCCCCAACUCCUCCUGCAGUGGAGUCAUCACAGCAGCUCUGCCCAGCGCACCAGAGACCCACAGUCUCCUCACCAACUCUUUCCUUCCCCCUCCCACUUGGCUCUGACCUCUCUCUUGGUCUGACAACAGUUCAAUGCCCUCCCUCCCAUGAGGUUCCAACCCUCGUCCCUCACUUUCAACACACCCCGAGUGCCGCAUCACUUCCUAACCCACCUGUAAGCUCCUGGGGCCCAAUGAGUGAUACACAGAAGAGGAUUCGGUUGCCCGCUGCUACCUCUCUGGCACUGACAAUGAUGGAGCCUGACAACGUAUCUACUCUGACAGAUGAGUGUCUCCUUCAGCCGAGCCGCACCUGCCUCGGUUGCUUUAUUGAGACCUGCGAUGCCAACACCGAACAGAACCCACCACAGGAGCCUAGCACGAGCCCUAAUUCAGAAAGUGGACUAAGUGUACGGAUAGGGGAUGUGAACCGUGAGGAUUUCUCAGACAUCAACAACAUAAGCAUCCAGUGCCUGAGCCAUGCGGGGGAGGCAGUGAGUCACUACGGAGAACAGCUCCUCUCUGACCAGCUACUUAAUUUUCCACUGCCGAAAGCCUCUGAUGAAGGCAAGAGAGCGGAAGAAAGCAAAAUUACAAAUGACUGUGACGACCCCCAGGACGAUGCAACAACAAAGAACUUGUAUGAAGGACUGUUACUGGACAAAGUCAGCGGAGAGGAGGUACUCUUGGCUAAUGCCAGCCAGGACUGGGGAUACUUUGAGUCGUUCAUUAGCGAGAGCAAGAUGGAGCUGCUGGAUCUUUGCUCCAAGAACGAGCUGUCCGUCAACCUCUUCUCUGAGGAAGAUGUUGACAAUUUAUUUGAUGAUGAGGAUGACGACUCUACCUUAAGUAGUGAUGUUUGCUCACUCAAGAUUCGUUAUGAGUCAUUUCAGGACAACAUGAGGGAAAAAACAAAUGUGCUCCAGGAAGAGACACAGUUUAAUUUUUUCCCUAGUGUCCUGGCCAACUGUGCCAAGAAAGAAGAAGGAGUAGGAGUCUUGAGGAGGAGUGUUGAUGAGCUUCAGCCCAAAAUGGAUGAGCUCAUCCUUCAACCAGAGCAGAUGGAAAACCCAGGGGACUGCAGUGGCCAGAGCCCUCUUGACGGCUCCCAAGGCUCACCCAUGUCAACUCCUAAAGUGAACUAUGUCAUCGACUUUAAUUCCACAGAGGAAUCGGGGGAAUUUAGCGAUGACAGCUCCUGUACUGGAUCCUCCUCAGACACUGUGCAGGAGGGCAAAUCGAAGAAGGCUCACUCCAAAAGAUUCCUCAGUCCCUCAAAUCCGCUUAACUAUGGAUUGCGUUCUAAAAGAAAGGUUCGAUACAGUGAUGAUUACUUGUAUGAUGUUGACUCGCUUGAGAGUGAGAAGAAUGCAGAGAAAAAGGAGAAACCCCCACCCGGUCAGAAAGAAGAGGAGGACGUAGACUGGUGUCCCAAAAAACGGCGGAAAUCAUGUCGUAAAGAGCCACCCGUGGUCAUCAAGUACAUCAUCAUCAACAGGUUUAAAGGAGAACGGCUCAUGUCGGUGAAACUGGGCAAAGUAAACCUUGCGGAUGGUACUGUGAGCUUAAACGCCAACACAGUAAGCAAAUACGAGACACUGGCUCCACUGAAGGAUUACUGGCAGGCAAAGCAAAGAGACAGACAGGAGCAGCUUAAGCUGGUCGCCAGAGAUAGACAGCAACGUGGUUUUCAUCUUAACGGGCGCCACCAUCGCCCUUUUUAUUCUGGUCAUCCUAAAAGAAAAUACAAGAUCGCAAACAGAUUAAAGGUUCAGAGGAUUCACGCUGUGGAGCAAUCAGUCAGCAUGCAUGGUUCUCUGCCCUCUGAUCAGGCCCAUUCGGGUGUCACUAAAGAGGAGGGCACCCUCAUGGCGCGGGAGAUAACAGCGGCUCCGGACAUCCCAGUCACAUUGGACUUCAACUCCAUCUCUGACACAAUUAUAAUCAAGAGUCGCUCGCAGGAGAGGGAGGAGAGAGAGGGGAGGAGAUUUGGAAGAAAUAAAAUAGUCAGGAUAAGAAAAUUCAAAAGUGAAGCGAGGCUGAGAAGCCUGAAAAUGAAGGAGGCAGAAGGAGAGGAUAGGAAGAGCGUGACAAACGUAACGGAUGCCACUGCAGCAAACACCACGGACCUUGCUGCUGGUGCACAAGAUGGAAGCAUUAGCUCAACCACAGCCAAAGCAAAUUUCUCUGACAAUACUAUCUCAAGUGACACAGAUAAGGUGAAGUUCACGUUUGUUUCAUCUUCCUGUCCUCCUAGCAAAGCAUCACCCACAGAGGAGGUGGAAACCGGGGUUCCUGUCAUCCCGGGGGGCUACCUGCAGACCUUGCUAGAUGCUACAGACUCCUCUGGAGGGACGUCUAUCUCCUAUUUCCCACAACAGCCCUCCAGGCAACAGUAUCCUGUGGGCCUUUCCCGAGAGGAGAAGCAAUUUUGCUCCCUUCAACUUGCUCAAAGCUGUGUACUCUCCCCUCCUUCAGAAUCAGAGCUCCAACAGUCUCCCCAGAAUUGUCCCAGUUUCCCCCAAAUGUGGCAUCCACAGCUCUGCCCGAAUCAUAACCAGAACUUUGGACCUGAGACCCCAAUCUUACCCAACAGCUUUCCACCUGCUGUACCCGCAAGUGAAAGCCUGCCCAUUUCUGACUACAACCAAGUGAGCCCUGAGGGUGACCGGAUACUUUACGAGAAGAACUACUUGACGGAGCCCGGACGACAGCCUGGGGUAGAUCUGCAGGUGUGUCAGUCAACCUGUGUAGAGGGCCAGGUGCAAUACCAGAGAGGGUCUCUGUGCACUGACAAUGGAAGACUCAUCAGCUACGACUCAGUGGGUUCCUUAUCAGCCUCCUCAAGCAAUUACAGUUCAUUAAGCCUCAAAUCUUGUGAGCGAGAGGGUGAGGAGGAGGGCCGAGACAGCUUCUUAGCUCACUGCAGUCCUAAAAUGGUGAUUCAGCAGAGUAUGGAUGCCCUCACGCCACUCAGGGAAUCCUCGGACCUGCUGGACAUCUCCAACUUCACCCCUGACAAAUUUAGACACUCGUCGUUGUCAGAGCUUUCCCCGCCUGAGACGCCCAACCUCUCCCCACAGGUUGCGGGACGUGAGAUGAAGACACCAGGGAAUGUUGGAAAAUAUCAGGAUGUAAAUGAUAUGUCUACGGAGCGCAACAGGGACCUCAAGUGGAACUGUGACUUAAUGCAGCAACAGGAGCACACGGGAAAUGCCUACGCAGUGGAGGACGGUCAGUUUCCACUACACAACUUUAAUAACCAGGAUGUAUUAUGCUUAGAUAAAAAGGGGGAACUGGACGCCACAGAAUUUAAUGAACAGACUGAUGAAAUGGCAGGGGCCAAAACCAUUAAGUCAAAGAGGAAAGGCAAUUACAAACAGGCAACUGCAGGACAGAGCCCGAAGAAAGUACGGGCUCCCAGGACACCCAAGUCAGAAAAGGUCAAGACCCCCAAACAGAAUUCCCGUUCAACCAAAAAGAUUAAGGCCAUGUUAGAGGGUAAGGCAACCAAGAACCAAGCAGAUGGGUGCCGCGCAGGCCUGACGGACAGCACAAGCAGCGGGGACUGGUCUGGCCCGGGCUGGUCAGAGAGCAACAGUCUCGUCGGAGACGACCAGAGAGAGUUUGAGGAGCCCUCCAAUAUCCUGUCCAACAUUGUCUCCGGUAUGGCUGAGGUCCAGAAAUUCAUGAUGGCCUCCAUUGAGCCGCUUUGGAAUCCGAUGUCUGAGGCCGAUGCGCCCUGCGAGGCCAACAGUCUCAACCUAAAGACGCUUAAAAUCUUGGCAGGCACCGAGUCUGAUCUGAAGAAAAAGGGUGCCAUGCUAACAGGGGCUGGGAGAGGCAGGAAGGCAGGGGGGAAAGGAGGGAAAAACCAGGCCAAAUUCAACCCAACUCAUCCCUUAUUCCCUCAACUCGCUCUGGGCUGUGACAUGUUUGACAAACCCAACUUUAUUAACCCGGGGCCUGCGCACAAAAAGCUGUACCGUCACAAGACCAGUGCAAAGUUUCCUCGCAUUGACACGCUGAAGGGCAAGCGAGCUGAGAGAGACCCAAAUAAGGACAUAGCACUGAUGAGCUCUUUUGAGAAACUGAGAAUGUGGAUGUCCUGUUGUUGCCGUCCUUCAUACACUGCCUGGCCCAUUUCAAGAGGAAAACCUACAUUUAAUGAGCCCCAUUUAUUCACAAGGCAUCUUGAAAACACAAGAUGGGACCAUUUUGUAUUGAUGACAUAUCAGAUGCCUUUUUUCUCCUAGAGGCCGGAAUGAUUUUCGUUUGUCAAGCACUUCUUUUUCUUCAGGAGUGUAGAAGAACUGAUUAUCUACAUUUACAUUUUUACGCCUUGCAGAGUCAUAAAAGCUUCACCCUCAGAGUAUUUUUGUCAUUGUUGAUGUACAGGGACAUGCAAUAUUUGCAACAACAACAACAACAAAAAGAGAAAAUUAUACCUUAAAAUCAAUGUGCCAAAAGUAACAAUGCUGUGUAAAUGACCUCUUAUAUAUGUGUGAAUAUUGGCUGUUCCCAUUUUCUAUUUCCUGGAAUACUGCUCUCCUCACAGAGACUUACCACAACAGGAAUUCUUUGUUUGGGACUCUCUCUCUCUCUCUCUCUCUCUCUCUCUCUCUCUCUCUCUCUCUCUCUCUCUCUCUCUCUCUCUCUCUCUCUCUCUCUCGUCUGAUGAAAGGCACCAACAGCUGGCAGUGGUACAUCACCACUCACUAAACCAAAUCAAAAACACUCUUGUUAUCACCCCCCGCCCUCACUUUGUUUGCCAAAUUCAAUUUACCUCAACAUCACCCGGCAAUGAAAAGCAGCAACAAGAGAAAAAAGGGGAAAUCUACUCUGAAGGCUACUGAAGAGGAACAGGAUGAGAGCAAGAUGCAUUCAAGCUACCGGUAGCUUCCUGCAGACCAAGGAGAAUGUAGUUAGGAUGUUUGAGGCUAAGCAAGGAAAUUAUUUGUCAGCUGGGGCUGAGCCUCACUAAAUAGCGCUUUUGGACUGAAGUUUCAAGGCAAUUUAUAACAGAGAGAUUCGGAUGCACGUUCCAAAUGGCCGUCAGUCGUGGCAUCCUUUGCAGUUUGAUUUCAUGUGAAUGUCAAAGCAGUUUUCAGUACAAAUGCAAUCUCGUAAAGCAAAAGCGUUUCUUUUGAUUAAUUCCAAUGCGAAAAGCUUACUUUUAAUAAAAUCUAAAAUGUUCAUUUGAAUAUCUUUUCCUUCACAUUCUUGUGGAGUUAUGUUUCUAAAUUAAUGUAUAUUUUUCACCGUAGGCGCAUCCACUUUAAGAUUAUUUUUGCCUACUUUUUCCAUGGGAAGGCAUUGUUUUUUUCAUGGUUGUCUUAAGUUGUCAUUACAGUUUAUGGUCCAUGUUUUGGCAGAAAAUCAAAAUCAUAUUCGUGAGCAUCCAGGAUUCAACCAUAAAUACAAUCAAUCUUACAAAUGGCUGCAAAAAAAUAAGAAUAAUGUUAUAUAGCUUAUUUCAAGAAGAUGCAGCUUCUUUUACAGAUUAUACACAAGAGAAAGACUUGUGUUAUUUUUUGGGGGGCAAUUUAAUUUUAAGGUGAUGAGUGCAGAUGUGGAAGCUUGACUUAUGUACGGGCCUUGUCACAAAGGGCGUGGCGGCACAAGGAUGAUCGUAAUAAGAUCCAAAUCAAACUAUUGCUUUUUUGUUUUCCCUCUCUGCCAUGAUCCUGCAUUUCUCUCCUCCAGAAUAUCAGGGUUAGGACCAAGAUGAGCUGCUGAUGGGAAGCUCCACAUGGGUUGCAAACCCAUUUAGACUGCCUUCUCUCAUUUCUGCCUAUUGUCAAAUUGAAUGUACUUAUCUUUGAAGUUUUCUUUUUCUUUUUGAAAUGUGCCACUGUUGAGCUGCCUCAUUUUAAUGGUGCUAAGAAAGCUGACAUUUUGUUUUGUUUAAUUUCAUUUGGUUUCUCCCAGAGUUAACAAAAAGAAAUGCAAACUAGAUUAGGUUCCUAAUCCUCCUUAUGAAUGUAUAUUAUGACGUUAUGUUUGAUGUAUUCACUUCAUGAUUCUUUGACAUUGAUUGGAAUUACUUUUGCUCUUUUCGUUAAAAUAUUGCCAAGCUUUAUAUAUACUGUCUAGAGUUGUAUCCAGAAGGAAUCGUAAUGAACUCUUGACACAACAAAAUCUUGUAUAUUUUUUGUGUGCCAAUUUGUAACAUAUUUUGUAAGUGUAUAUUUUUCUUAGAAAGUGCUGUGAAGUAUUUGUGUGUGUGAGUAACCUUUUAUGCGCCUCAUUGGGCAGUCGAAAGGAUAUACAAUGACAAGUUUCUGGUUUUAAAAACCAAAAUAUGAAAGUAUCGACAAAAAACUAGAAAUAUUUACAUUUUGUUGGGAGUUUUUGUAAUAAGACCAUGAUCUUGUUGUGUGAGUGUUGUGUUACUGUGUAAAACACAAAUAAGCAAAGGGGGAAAAAAAGAAAACUUUGGAGAAAAAAAUAUAUCUAUAUAAUUUGUGAUCAAUUUGCUGUUUUAUAGAAUUUCAUGUAAAUUAUUUGAGUAUUAUUUUCUUUUUUUUUGUUUGUUUGUUUUGUUGUAACUGUUGCAAAGGUUUUAAAUAUUUGUGAUCAAGCCUGUAUGGUGAUAAUGUAAUAUUGGUAACUUGCUGAGUUUUGUAAUAAUGUUUAUGGAGUAAAUAUACAAAUUAAAAUAAGAUUUUGAAUGCUG